AUGAUUGAGAUCCAACUAGCUCAACUUGCAAAUACCUUUAGGGAACAUCAUGCGCAUGCUAGUCUCCCACCCCAAAGUCAUACUCCAAGGCAAAUGAAUGCCAUAGUGACAAGGAGUGGGAAAAUCUUAGAUGAUCUUCCUCGAGCUAGUAAGGUUUCUAAGCCUAAUGGGAAGGAUCAAGGGGGAGUCAUUGAGUCUAGUGACAAUGAUGUGGUAGAUGAGGAGCCUCCCAUCAAUGAUGUAGGUGAAACUCCUAUACCAAAGGAGGCAACUCUCCUACCUCUCCCCACUCCUAAACUUCCCUAUCCCCAAAGAUUCAUAAGGCACAAGUUGGACGUGAAAUUCUCAAAAUUCCUUGAUGUUCUUCGAAAUUUGCACAUCACCCUCCCCUUUACGGGAGCAUUGAAACAAAUGCCUACCUACUCAAGAUUUCUCAAGGAAAUCUUGAGUGGGAAGCGGGAUUGCGACGUAAAGGAGACGGUGAACCUAUCCGAGAAUUGUAGUGCUAUCAUUCUCAACCAAAUGCCACCCAAACUCAAGGACCCGGGUAGUUUUUCUAUCCCUUGUGCUAUUAAGGAGCUUAAAAUAAGCAAUGCCUUGUGUGAUUUGGGUGCUAGCGUUAGUAUACUACCUUAUUCGGUGUUUGCCAAGCUUGACGUUGGAGAUCUUGUCCGAACCAACAUCACCUUGCAACUUGCCGACCGUUCGGUCAAGUAUCCUAUUGGCAAGGUUGAGGAUGUUCCCCUAGUGGUUGGCGAGCUUACUUUCCUUAUGGAUUUCGUCGUCUUGGACAUUGAUGAGGAUGCACAUACCCCCAUUAUCUUGGGGAGGCUAUUUUUGGCCACCGCGGGUGCUCUUAUCGAUGUGCAAGAAGGACUAAUCACUUUGAAAGCGGGAGACGCCAAUGCUAGUUUCAAGCUUGCAAUUGAUGAACAUUGUUGCUCUAAAAUGAAAAGUUGCAUGAAAAUUGACACUCUUGCUUGCGUUGAGAAAAACCACUCUUGUGCUAAUUCUUCUAACAAUUUUCAUGUUUCUAAGUGUGCUAAUGAGCUUGCUAGGUCCUCUCUUGAUGACAAGAAUGUCCAUGGAGUCCCAAAGGCGCUUGGGGAUGAGCUUGAAGAUGUUGUAACCAUCCUCGAGAUAUUUGAAAUGCAUGUUGAUGAUGAUAAUGGAGCUAAACCCUCCAAAGUGUUUCAUGGAUCGGCUAAGAAAGCCAAAAAGUCAGCUAAGAGUCCAUCGAGUCCCGAGGAGGGGCAUGUUGGUGGAUUAUUUGGUUUCCGCCUCUUGAAUGGUGAUGUCGGUAAUAUCUUUGUGCCCAAAGGGGCAAAGAAAUGCAUAUUGACUAGUGUUGACCCAAGGUUGGUUGUCUUUGACCCCCCUUGA